CUUGCUUGUAGUGUGUAACUCGUGACGAGUAAAGUUUAAUACAAAAUGAUCAAUUUUCUAAUAAUAUUCGUAAUUAUAUGCAACAUAAGUGAUAAUCAUUUAGGUCAUGGAUCAGAAAUGUUGACUAAUGCAUUAGAAGAUUUAACUCAAUUUUUUGAAAAGCUUAAAACAAAAUAUGAAAAUCAUUCGUUAAAUCUCGAUACGUUAAACCAAAUCGAUAAGAAAAUAAAUUCGUAUAUUGAAAAUGCAAGUAAUCCAAUAAAUCGAUAUAAAAGACACGAUUCAUUCAACAAUGCUGUCGCUAUUAAUAUUCUGGAAGGUUUUGACGAAAUAUCGACGUUUAAUGUACAAGAUUUUAAACAUGCAACAUUUUUUCCACUUAAAUUCAAUGGACAUUUAUUUUGGUUUAUGGCAGGCAUUAACUCUAAUGGAAUAUCUUUAUAUCAAUUAAAUAAUAAAAAAUUUAAUCAUGUUAAAACAUAUUCGCAAUAUAAUGGUGUACGAAUAAUAGUGGACAAUUCUAUGCAUGAUACCAUAGCUAUAAUUCAAACUUUCAUUGAGAAUAUAAUAAUACUACAAUUUAAUUAUAUUCAAACUGCGUAUGCAUUAUCCUUUGUACAAACUAUUCAAAUACCUGGUAUAACUGAUAUUCAUACAUGGCAUUACAUGAAUGAUUUAUAUUUAGGCAUAGCAUCGCAUCAUAAUAUAUCAAUUUAUAUUUGGACUGAUGCACACUUUGAUUUAAUACAAACAUUAGAUUUUGGAGCAGAAAAAUUAACAUUCUUUCAAAAUAAAGGAUUUAUGAAUCUCAUUUGUAAUUCAUUUCGUACAGUGAUAUUACGUCAUUCUUUACAUCUUAAUAAAUUUAUAAUAAUUCAGACAUUACCUGCUAGUAAUGCUAUUACUACGUUUGAUGUAAUCAAGGGUCAUCUUAAAGAAUAUUAUAUAUGUUUGUCUACCCAUAAAAAUACAGUUAUCUACAAAGAAGUACAUGGAUAUUUGAUAUCAUUUCAAGAAAUUUCUAGUUCAGAAAAGAUAAUACCAUUAAUAGAUAAAAAUGCAAUUGUAUUAUUGUCGCUUAAUAAGAAUAUUGUAACAAUUUAUCAAUACGAUGGAUGGAAAUUUGUUAAAUUGAAUGUUAACAUGUCAGAAAUUAAUAAUAUUUAUUUAAUUAAUAUUUAUGAGAAUAAAUUAAUGUUCAUAACGCAUGGAGUUACUACAUGGAAAUUAUUACAACCAAAAUGGGGUGAAAUCAAAUCUUUAAUUGGUUUGAAAAAUGAAAUAAAAACUUGGUGUGUUAAAGCUACAGCUAUUGCCCAAAGAAUACCAAAGGCUACAUUUAUUUUAAAAACACCAUUGUCCAUAUUGAAUGGUCAUAUACGUGAAAUUGAUACUCAAAAUAUAAAUGGAUAUGAUUCAAAAGAAUUGCAAAACUUAACAAGACAAUACGAAUAUUUGUCUACACAAAUACAAACAAUGAAUGAUUAUUUAAAUAAAAAAAUAAACAAUAGUAAUAUUCAAUUGAAAACAUUACGAGCAAAUAAAGUACAAGUGAGAUGUGAAUCACAAUGCAAAGUUAAUAAUAUAAUAAUAACAGGAAAAGAUAAUCCAUUGUUUAAAUUAAAAUCUAUAAAAGAUAUUAAUCAGAAUAUAACAUUUUCAAAUUUAAAAGUAAAAAAUAUUAAUAACUUCAAAUGUCCUAUUAUUGCAUUAACACCAACAAAUUUGUAUCUCAAAGGAUUAAUUAAUAAUGUUUCGUUGUCAGAUUUACAAGAAAAUACAUUAAAAAUAAGUGGUGAUCAAAUAGUUCAAAGUGAUCACAUUUUUGUUGAAUUACAUGUUGAUCAUAGCAUUGUUCCAUUAAAUAUUGCUACAAAUUUUACAACUCAAACUGUACAUGCAAAAAAGAUCUAUGUAAAAGAAUUGCAUGUGAAGAAAGAUGGAUUUUUAUUACCAUUAAAUGGACCCCCAUCUAAAAUAUCAGGAUGUAUAACAGUGAAAAAUGUAAACGUAACAGGACAAAUUACAUUGAAAGGAGGAUUGAGAGGUAAAGGUGCAAGUUUAUUAAUGCCAAUUAAACGUGUGCCAGAUUUUAUGGAAAUAAAUGGGAAUCGUCAUUUCCAUAAUAUUACCAUCAUUAAUACACUGAGAACUAAAGAUAUAUACAGUCAAAAUGGCAAAACUUUAAAAGUUAUUUUGAAUAAUGGAAUAUUAAUAAACAAUAAGUUUCCACGACAUGUAAUAUUUUCUAAUAACGCGAUUUGGAAAAAUGUUACGAUAAAAGAUUAUAAUAAUUGGGUAACAGCUUAUUCUGAUAAUACAGUUAUCAUCUCAGGAAAGAAACUAAUUAAUCAUGGUGUGAUAUUACCACGUUUGGCUUAUACACCAUCAUUCAUUCCAAAACUUAACUUAUCUUUAUGCGUUUCAACUGCUAAUGUUACAAAUUUAAUAUUAUCUAAAGUACUGAUAGAUAAUAUGACUGUAAAUCAUUUGAAAAGUUUUCACGUAUUUGGUGCUAAAGAAUUAAAUUCUACUAUUUUUGAGACAACAACUUCUAUCGAUAGUAUUGAUUUAUCGACCAAAUAUUUCAUUGGUGUUAUUACUGUAAAAGAUAUUCUACCAUUUGAUAUUAAAGGAUUUCAUUUAAAAGGAUUUCAAGAAAUUCUAAAUACCUGGAUUGGAAAGAACAUUUUUAAAGAUAUUCAAAAUGUAACAAGUUUAAAAGUUAAUAAUCUUCAAGUUCCUGCAAGAUUUACAUUUCCACUUCCUACUAAAGUCAAAAAUGUUAUCUCAAAAGGAAAUACUUAUGCUAAAAUUGUUAAUGGUGAAGAUAUUAAACGUUUCAUGAAAAAUGUUGUUAGAAUAGAUGAUAGAAUUUCUUUGAAUAAUAUAACAUUUAAUAUGGGAUUAAAAUCUAAUAAUAUACAAUUUUCCUAUGGAUCACUUAACAUCACUGAUCCAGCAAUUUAUCCACAUUUACAUUCAAAACAUAUUUUGGGUAACAUGCAAGUAGAAAAGCUGAAUAUACCAAAACCUAUCAUUGAUGAAACAUACAAUACUUUCAAAAAUUAUAUAAUACAGGGUAAUGUAACUUUUAUAUCUGAACCUACUGUACAAAAUAUAAAUAAUAUUAAUUUGAAAAAGUUCUCUUCGGAAAUGUAUACAAUUGAUAAAAAUAUGAUUUUGACUUUAUUAGGAAAUAAUAUUACAAAGACAUCUCUUUAUAUACCACAUUAUGGUUCUUGGACAAAUAUGUCAUACAAUUUAUUAAGUAAAACUAAACCACAAGUAAUAAAUGUUCCUUGUUGGUUUAAUAAUAUAGAAGUUUACAGUAUUCAAGGUUCUCCAAAUCUAUCUAUACAAACUUCUGAUUCAAACAUAAAGAAUAUCAUUGAAAAGUCUUUUAAAAAAAAUGUGUCACAAGUAAUUACAGGCAAAUGGCAUUUUGAUAAAUUAAUAUUACCAGGUCAAGUAAAUUUGCAAGGAAAAAUUAACAACAUGGAUUUAAGAACAGAUGUUAUGAAACAUAGUAGUGAAACAAAUGUUGUUACUGGAAUGAAAACGGUUUUAGGAUUGACUACUAAAAAUUUACAUGGAUUAAAUUUCAGUGAAUGGUCACAAAAUGCAGUAUUAUCAAAUCAUCAAAAUGUAAUUGUAAUUAAAGGUCAAAAGACUUUUGCUGAUAUUAAUCUUUCAAGUUUAAGUUUGGAUGGUACCAUAAUGGGGAAAAAAAUAGAAAAUGCAUUACUAAAAUCAAAACCACAAAUUAUCAAUGGCACGAAAACUUUCGAUGGUAAUAUUAUAAUGCCAAGUUUAUUGAUCGAUGGUUUAGUGAAUGAUAUUAAUUUGACAAGUUUUACCAGUAAUCUGUUAAAGAAAAAUAAAUCUGUACAAAUAUUAGAGACAGAUAUUAUUUUAAAAGAUAAAAAUAAUUUAACAGAGAUUAUUGAAAUAGUCAAAGUGGCAGGAACUGCUUUAAACAAUCGAGCCUUUUACUUAAAUAAAUUAAAAAUUGUAAAAAAUAUGAAUGCAUUAAUAACCAAUUUAAAUAUUAAUUAUAUAGAAAAUAUGAAUUCUUCCUGUAACUUAAAAAAUGUAUCAUUAUUUUGUAACAAUAUUGAAAUACAAGACUUUAGUCUUGGAUCAGAUAUAAGUAAUUAUACAAGACUUCAAAUUUUAUCUGUCAGGGAAACUACAAUUAUUGUAUUUAUUAAAUCAGAUUGUGUUUCAAUUGGUAAUAUUAUUAAUGCAAGAUUUUAUCAGAAGAAAGUUUUUUGUAUACCAAAUAUUCUCAAAGCAUCAAUAGAAUCUGUAGAAAAUUCAUUAUGGAUUAUUUUACAAUUACCAUUAGAAAUGUUAGCAUUUCAUUAUGUUUCAUGGGAUAAUGUCAAACAGUAUACUUUACCACCUUCAAAUAUGCUUCUCACCAUUAUAUCACCAAAUAAAGAAUUAUUAAUGCUUCGAUCAGAUGGUGUUUGGAAUAUUAAUGAACUUGGAAGGCCACGACACAUAUUUCAAACUAAUUUAACAGGAACAAUAGAAACAUUUUUUUACGAUAACGAAUAUUAUUUUAAAAAUAUUAUCAAUGAUGGUACUAUUUUCAUGAAACCUGUAUACGUUGGUAAUUAAAUUGCAUCGAAGAUUAAAUGAAAAAUAUUACAUAUUUAUCUGUAAUAUGUAUAAACGUUAUUCUAUUAAUAUUAUAGAGAGAAAUACUAUUUAGAUGUAAACAUAUGUUAAUUCAUUCAUUUGUUUUUGUCUAAUUAAUUUAUGUUGUUAAUGUUAGAAUAAAUUUUAGUAAAUCACUUUAUACGUGACAAUUUAAUUAUCAUUUUUCAUUUAUUAUUCAAAUUAUUUAAAAAACCAUAGAAAUACUACACAUAGAACAAACAAGCCAGCAUAAAACCUGUCGGUGAAAUAAAAAGAGAUAGAACAUGGAAGGUUGAUGUUGUCUCUCUCUAACUUGCACUGAGCGGCGCAUGCGCAUUAGUCUGCUAG